GGCAUUCUCUGUGGAAAUCUGACUGUGCAAGAGAAAAGAAAAGUGAGCUGGUAUCUGCCGGUUCAUAUCGAUGCAUUGGGCGUCCAGCUGAGAUGCCGCGACGCUGACGGUCCUGCCCCGUCUGUCGAACCGGACCAAUGAUGAUAAUGAAGAUGAUAAUGUCCACACGGCGCGUGUUGCGCUAAAUCACCACUACCGGACCCUUACGAGACACUCCACUCUGAUCCGCGCUCAUUCAAACUUCAGAUGAACUGCCUUCACUCUGCACUGACCAGUAAAAUGAAUUGGAUCACGCUCCUGCUGGCCGGCUUGACUUUUUGGGGCAAAGUGUCCUUGCACAGCUGCUUAGAUUAUGAUGACAGUUAUGAUUAUUAUGAAGAGGAUAAAACAGAAACGAUAGACUACAAGGAUCCCUGCAAAGCUGCUGUAUUUUGGGGAGAUAUUGCCUUGGAUGAAGAGGACUUGAAAAUGUUUCAGAUCGAUGGAACGAUAGAGCUUUCACAGCAGUCACAUGGGAGACAGGGACACACGUCGGGUGGUCUAGGAGAGCAUAAUCCCAGUAAGAAGAGAGGUUCCUUAUAUCUGUUGCUAGACAGAAUACGACAGUUAGGUUUUGAGUCGUGGCCGGUGAACAGCAGUAAAGAUGUGUCGAGCUCCAAAGCUGGAGGGAAGAGAGUAAACAGCGGCAGAGGUGUGAAGUCUCGAGUGCCACGUGCUGCCACAUCCCGAGCUGAGAAGAUCUGGCCCGGAGGUGUCAUCCCUUACGUCAUAGGAGGCAACUUCACCGGAAGUCAGAGGGCCAUGUUAAAGCAAGCAAUGAGACACUGGGAGAAACAGACAUGUGUGACUUUCAUCGAGAAAACUGAUGAGGAGAGCUACAUCGUCUUCACCUACAGACCCUGCGGGUGUUGCUCUUAUGUCGGCCGUCGUGGUAAUGGUCCCCAGGCAAUAUCCAUUGGGAAGAACUGUGACAAGUUUGGCAUUGUCGUUCACGAACUUGGACACGUAAUUGGCUUUUGGCACGAGCACACACGACCUGACCGUGACGAUCAUGUGACCAUCAUUCGGGACAACAUCCAGCCAGGUCAGGAGUAUAACUUCAUUAAGAUGGAACCAGGGGAUGUCAACUCUCUUGGUGAGCCGUAUGAUUUUGACAGCAUCAUGCAUUAUGCCAGAAACACUUUCUCCAGAGGAAUGUUUUUGGACACGAUUCUUCCCUCUCGUGAUGAGAAUGGUGUCAGGCCUGCUAUCGGUCAGAGAACUAGACUCAGCAAAGGAGAUAUAUCCCAAGCCAAGAAGCUAUACAGAUGUCCAGCAUGCGGUGAAACACUGCAGGACUCAGUGGGGAAUUUCUCAUCUCCAGGAUAUCCUAAUGGAUACCCAUCAUAUACACACUGUGUAUGGAGGAUCUCCGUCACACCUGGGGAGAAGAUAGUGUUAAACUUCACCACUAUGGACCUCUACAAGAGCAGCCUGUGCUGGUAUGACUACAUUGAGGUUCGUGACGGAUACUGGAGGAAAGCGCCAUUGCUGGGUCGCUUCUGUGGUGAUAAAAUUCCAGAAGUGUUGGUCUCUACCAACAGUCGGAUGUGGAUUGAAUUCCGCAGUAGCAGCAACUGGGUUGGAAAGGGAUUUGCAGCAGUCUAUGAAGCAAUAUGUGGAGGGGAGAUCAGUAAGGACUCUGGACAGAUUCAGUCUCCAAACUAUCCAGAUGACUACCGUCCAUCUAAGGAAUGUGUGUGGAGGAUCACAGUGUCUGAGGGCUACAGCGUGGGCUUGAGCUUUCAGGUCUUUGAGAUCGAGAGGCAUGACAGCUGUGCAUAUGACUACCUAGAAGUUAGAGAUGGACUAACUGAGAACAGCCCUCUGAUUGGUCGAUUCUGUGGCUAUGAUAAACCUGAAGAUAUCCGUUCCACCUCUAACACCCUCUGGAUGAAAUUUGUCUCUGAUGGGACAGUUAAUAAAGCAGGCUUUGCUGCAAACUUCUUCAAAGAGGAAGACGAGUGUCUGAAGCCAGAUAAUGGGGGCUGCGAACAGAGAUGUGUUAACACAUUAGGAAGCUUCAAAUGUGCCUGUGAUCCUGGAUAUGAACUGGCCCCUGACAAGAAGAGCUGUGAAGCUGCAUGUGGUGGCUUGCUGACUAAGUUGAACGGCACAAUUACUACCCCAGGUUGGCCUAAGGAAUACCCUCCCAAUAAGAACUGUGUGUGGCAAGUGGUGGCUCCCACUCAGUACCGCAUAUCCAUGCAGUUUGAAACCUUUGAACUAGAGGGAAAUGAGGUGUGCAAGUAUGACUAUGUUGAAGUGCGGAGCGGUUUGUCAUCUGAUUCGAAGCUUCAUGGGAAAUACUGCGGUACGGAGGUUCCUGAGGUUAUCACCUCCCAGUACAACAACAUGCGAAUCGAGUUCAAAUCCGACAACACAGUCUCCAAGAAAGGCUUCAAAGCUCAUUUCUUCUCCGAUAAAGAUGAAUGUUCAAAGGAUAACGGUGGAUGCCAGCAUGAGUGUAUUAACACUAUUGGCAGCUAUGUGUGCCAGUGCCGCAACGGCUUUAUUCUUCAUGAGAACAAACAUGACUGCAAGGAAGCUGAGUGUGAGCACAAGAUUCACAGCACAAGUGGAACCAUCAGCAGUCCGAACUGGCCUGACAAAUACCCCAGCAGGAAGGAGUGCACAUGGGACAUCACUGCAACCCCAGGCCACCGGGUCAAGAUUUCUUUUAAUGAGUUCGAGAUUGAGCAGCACCAAGAAUGCGCAUAUGAUCACCUGGAGGCCUUUGACGGCGACUCGGACAAGACGCCUAUCCUGAGCCGUCUGUGUGGCAGUAAGAUUCCAGAACCGCUCAUUUCCACAGGCAACAAGAUGUACCUGCGCUUCAUCUCCGACGCCUCAGUGCAAAGGAAAGGCUUCCAGGCCACUCAUUCCACUGAAUGUGGCGGUAGGUUAAAAGCAGAAGCACGGCAGAAGAACCUGUAUUCUCAUGCUCAGUUUGGGGAUAAUAACUACCCCGGCCACACCGACUGCGAGUGGCUCAUAAUGGCAGAGUCGGGUUAUGGCAUCGAGCUCACCUUCACCACCUUUGAGGUAGAGGAGGAGGCCGACUGCGGGUACGACUACAUCGAACUUUACGAUGGUUACGACACUGGAGCGCACAAACUCGGACGCUUUUGUGGAUCUGGGCCUCGUGAGGAGCUUUACUCUGCUAGCGAUGCAGUGUUGAUUCAUUUCCACUCUGAUGACACAAUCAGUAAGAAAGGCUUCCAUAUCCGCUAUACUAGCACAAAGUUUCAGGAGGCACUACACACACGCAAGUAACAUCUCCCCGAGAGGUGAAAGAGACUCCAGAGAGACUAAGUACAGGGAUAAAAUUUUACAAGGAGAAACAGACUCCAGAGAACUAUUGAGAUUGAUUUAUGUCAAUGAGAAAACCUGCCGUGAUGUUUCCUGCAUUGGAUUUGCCUCUUUAUGUUCAGCCACUACGGAAGUGCUGUCAUACUGACCCUAAACUCCAAUCAGCUGCUCUUAUGUGUAGGAUAGCUCCGCCCACUGGAGUGGUAUCCUGCGCUCUCUGACUGGACCAGUGUAGUAAAUCAACCCCUGGAAAAAAACACACACUCAUAUACAAAAGUUUUGUUGGCUCACCAUUCUUCAGAUAAGCCAGUUAUAUAUAGAGUUGCACACUGAAACUAAGACACAAUGACAAUAAGACAACAAGGAACUGCUAUUGUGUGUGUGUGCAUUUUGCUCUGGACAGCAUGGACAGUUUGGCUGCUGAUGCCACACCACACUGUACCUCAAAUAAACUAUGUGUGUAUGUGGAUGUGUGUGUUUGAGAGAGAGAGAGAGAGAGAGAGAGAGAGGCCUUCAAAU